CUAACCUACCUGUACCUUUGCAGCUGUGCCACUGCAACAAACCUAUUAUUUUGUAAAAGAAUAAACAACUAAGAAGUUGAGAUUCGAAAGUGCGUUAAAUUAAAUUUAUAAGAAAAAAAAACUAAACACUAAUAAAAUGUCUGGAAAAACGAUGAUUGUUGUGAUCGCUUCAAUAAUUGGUGGAGCUUUAGCUGUCGCUAAUUAUAUAUUCGAACAACGAAGAUAUUUAACAAACAAUCCUAAUGCAACUGGAAAUGAUUUCCAUGUGUAUCAAGACCUUAGAACCUGCCCUGUUUGCAUUGAAGACAUGGAUGUAGAAAAUGCAUCAUCUUGUACUGUACUAAAUUGUGGACAUUAUCUUCAUCGAAGUUGCUUGCUAGAAAUGGACCAAUCAAGAGGAUUGUUUGAAACAAAUAAGUGUCCUGUUUGUCGAACACCAAUUAAAUUUAGUUAAUUAUUAUUUAUAUCUAAUGUUCAAAAUGUACCUACUUAACUACUUUUUUGUAUAAAUAAGUAACUAGCAAGGGCUAGUUCUAAGAAUGUGUUUCGCCAUUCGGCGGAUUAAGUCUGAGAUUCUUGACUCAAAUUAUUUCACCGAUUUGGGUUGGAUUGGCGGAGCCAACUGGCUCUUGCAGUUUAAUGAUUGUCGUUAUUUAUCUUUUUUUAUAAAAUGUAGAUUAAUUUUUAAGAAUAAAAAUGUUAAGAAUUUUUGAAA